CUCGGUAUCCUAUAAAUAUUCAGAAUGCCAAUAUGAUAGAUUUCAUUUAUAUCAGUUUGAUAUUUUAUACUUUUUUACAUGAAGUGCUUUGUACAGAAUGUACAUUUUACUCGGGACCGGUAUCCUACGUAAGAUCGUGUUCAUCAGGGUGCUGCGAAUCUGAAUGCUGCAGUAAUAAUUUCAAAACGUUGGCCAUCAUUCUAGGCACUGUGGUCGGAUGUGUAUUAUUCCUCGUGGGUAUUGUUAUUCUGCUGAUUUGCUGUGCAAGAGAAAGAUGCUUUCAGAAAGUCAGCCCACGAAAAAGUGCAGGAAAUGAAAAUCCAGUUUUGACUAACGCCAGCAAAGCAGAGGGAAAAGAUCAUUCAUAAACUACUUAAUUCAUUUAGGAAUAAAUUUUUCUUUAAAUA